UUUCGCGCGUUUAUUAACCCAAACUUUAUGGCUCGUACGUGUCUUGCCUUAUUAAAUCUGGGCCGAUAACAUCACCUUCGCAGACGCAAACGAAUCCAACGUUCCCCGAUUGACCACCAGCAUCACCGUCGCCGGCGGCCAAUCACCGUCAUGGGUGGCUCCGACCCCGUGGUGGAGUCUGUAGAGAGAGAGAGUGAGGAUGUACAGAGAGGGACGGGCGAGAGGGAUAUCAACAAGGAAGAAGAUGUGGAGAAAGGGGAAGUGGGUCUUCAUCAGAAUCUGCGAAGAGAUGCGACGGAAACCAACCCUCCUCCUCAAUUUCGCAUGUCCAGGAUGGACAGAUUGAGCAACACGAACCCUCUCCGGCUGGUCAUCAACAGCGCCACCAGAGUCGCCACCCCCUCUCCGGCGGCUUCUUACCCACGCGCCACCCCCUCUCAGGCGGCUUCUUACCCACACGCCACCCCCUCCCCCGCGGCUUCUUCUUACCCACGCACCACCCCCUCUCCGGCGGCUUCUUACCCAUACGCCACCCCCUCUCCGGCGGAUUCUUACCCACGCGCCACCCCCUCCCCCGCCCAGCCCCGCCCUACCCCAACCCCCCCACAGCAAUCAGUGAGAUCCCUGAACCUGAACUCAAGAACAUACACCAACAAGUUAUUUCUGCUUCUGUUCCUUCUCCACAUGGUGGCUGCUUUUGGACUGGUUUGCUUUCUGAUAUUCAAGGGGAUUCAAGGGCUAUUACUAGGAGCUGGUUCCACUAAAAGGAAAGAGAAGAGGGUUUUGCAGUAUUUUCUGCCUCAGGUUGAGGCUGCUUCUUUGCUGAGCAUUACUUUAGCAUUUGUGUGGCAAAAGGCACUGAGAACAUGGCCUGCCUUCAUGGUUCAUUUCAUUCUUUGGAGCACCUUUUUAAUGUCUUUAUCUGCUGGAAUCCUACUAAUUUGCUUCCAAAAACCCGCAACAGAUGGGGUUGGGGUCCUCUUCAUUAUCUUUGCAAUUGGUAAUGGAUUGUAUGCUUGUUGGGUUACAACUAGAAUUAAGUUUUGUACCAAAGUCUUGACUAAAUCACUCGAACCCGUGUCGAAAUUGGCGCAUCUGAAUCAGCCCACUUACUGCAUGCUUGGGGCCGGAUUCAUUUGGAUGUCUCUGUGUAUUUUGGCUGUCAUUGGGUCCUUGAAUUUCUACCUAACACCACUGGUUAUAAUUGCAUUGGUGCUGAGCCUGUGUUGGACUACUGAAGUGAUGAGGAACGUGGCUAAUAUAACAGUGAGUAGGGUGAUUGCUCUGUAUUACCUCAGGGGAAUGCAAUCUAAUACCCAGGUCUGCUUAAUAAGAGGUCUUUCUAAUAAUCUAGGAAGUGCCUGCCUUGGAUCCCUUUUUGUGCCCGCCAUUGAAGCUCUGAGAGUCGUAGCUCGAGGUCUGAAUCUGCUCGAGGGAGAAGACGAGUUCAUGUUUUCUUGUGCACACUGCUGUCUCAGGGUCAUGGAGUCCAUCUUCAGAUGUGGCAAUGGAUGGGCGUAUGUUCAGAUAGCAGCAUAUGGAAAAGGCUUUGUGCAAGCAUCAAGAGACACUUGGGAGCUCUUUGAGAAGCAAGAAAUGGCAGCCAUCGUGGACUCAGACAUGACCACCGCACUCUGCUUCCUCACCGGAGUCUGCAGUGGCUCGAUGUGUGUUAUAAUGGUGGCUGCUUGGACUGUCAGAGUACACCAGGGCUUCACAGCCACCAUCUCCCUCCUAGCCUUCUUCGUCGGUUACCUAAUGACUAGGAUUGGCAUGGCAUUGCCUCAUGCUUGUGUGAGCUGUUACUAUGUCUGCUACGCCGAGGCUCCUGAGAACAGAAUGUUCGAUAAUACGAUAUCGGAUCGUCUUAACAUGAUGAAAUCUGGCCGGGAUGUGGUUGCGCCCACGCCUAGAAUCCCCCGUAGAUUUACAACUUAGUUCACAGCGCAACAAAAAUGUACAUAAUGGGUAUUCUUUUAUCUGUCCAUUCUAGCCAGAGGUGAAGAAGAAGAAGAAGAAGAAGCACUCUGAUGAUGAAUAAUGGGAUUGAAGCUAAUUAUUUUUCAGAAGGAUGACGAUGAGAUUUGUGAACAUCGUGAUGGAAAUGGGAGCGAUAAAGACAGCCCACUGAGAGAUUCCUACCAGCAAGGCUGGGUGUGUUUGCCUUGUGGACUUGUCCUCUCUAUUGUAUUAUAUUAGAUACACUUGUUGUGGAUGGAUAUCUGCAUUAGGCUGCUCCCAUCAUUAUUUUACUACUAGUUGUAGGGUUGGUGAAAAUCAUGUCAUUAUUUUAUUACAUUGCUGAUCUUGCUAGAAAUAACAAUGCAAAAGGGUCCACAUUGGUGGCUGUUUGAGGAUUAAAGAAUCCACAGUUGUCUUCCUUAGAAUAGUGUGGAGAGCUCAGAUCCUUGGUACCUGCAUUUGAAUGGGAUUGGGAUUGAAUACAAUUGGGAAUUCAAAACAUGAGAGAAACGAUUCCCUAAUAUUAUUAUUAUUAAUGUCAAAGAAAUGAACAUUCUUGACCCAAAUGGCCACCAUGAAAUGUAUUUAAAGGUUGAAGAAAAAUCUCUUCACCUCCACCAACUACUUUAGUCUUUAGCCUCUUCCUCUUGGGAUGUUGGUUGUAGCCUUGUAGGGUCUACCUAACCCAUCCGCAUCACUUUUAUAGUUUUUUUACUUCAGCUCCCCUUUCCAUUGGGCAUUCGGGAUGGGUUUGGGGUCCAUUAUGGCUUCUACUUGAGGAAACUUCAGAUCUUUAAUUUAAGUAACAGUCCUUUCUUUAUCUUA